AUGCUCAUCGGAGCUGAACUAUUUUUUGACCUUCUAAUUACCGAUCGUAUGAAGCUGGACAAUGGCCAGCCCAUGCUGUGGCGAUCAGAGCUUGGUUGGAUUGUGUGCGGUUCCCGAACGAGUAUCAAAAGGCCUUCAUUGGUGGCUGUCGCGCACUAUAUCUCCUCGGAAGAGAGUUUGGAGAAUGCUGUGCAGCGAUUCUGGAAGCAGGAAGAAGUUCCGGAAGUGGAAAAACUUACGUCUGAGUUUGAACAGUGUAUCGAUCAUUUCGAAAAGACCCAUCGGCGAGAGAAUGGGCGUUUCGUAGUUCGGCUUCCAUUUCGAGAUACAGUUAAGUUACUUGGCAAUUCAAGAUCUCUUGCGGAAAGGCGAUUCCUGCAACUGGAACGAAAAUUUGUACAUCAACCGGAACUGAAAAAGCAAUACUUUACGUUUAUCAAUGAGUACGUGUCUCUCGGGCAUUGCCGUAAAUUGGAGAACGACGAUGAUGCAGUUCGUGGUUACUAUUUGCCACACCACGCAAUUUUAAAACCCGUGUUCGAUGCGUCGGCACGAUCGGAUACAAAUCUUUCUCUGAACGACGUGCUGAUCACUGGACCGAUAGUGCAAGACAGCUUGAUGGCGAUUGUUCUAAGGUUCAGGAAAUACAAGUAUGUUUUCACAGCCGACAUUCUUAAAAUGUACAGGCAGAUUCAAGUGGAUGAUCGUGAUGUACCGUACCAGAAGAUACUUUGGAGAGAUGAUGCUCGAAAACCACUCGAUACAUACGAAUUAACAACAGUAACUUACGGAACUUCUUGUGCUCCAUUCUGUGCUACGGUAUGUCUCAAACAGUUAGCGGAUGAGGAACAAUCAGAAUUCCCGAUAGCUUCACAAGUGAUUAAAAAGGACUUCUACAUGGAUGACGUACUGUCUGGAGCAGACAGCCUCCAAGCGGCACUGGAAUGUCAAGAUCAACUGAUUGCUUCACUAAAGCGUGGUGGAUUUAAGCUGCACAAAUGGUGUGCGAACGACAAGCAGCUUCUGGUCCGAAUCCCGGAAGACGAACGUGAAUUACAGGCGAAAAUUAGUGAUCACGGUUCUAACGAAGUAAUCAAAACACUUGGAUUGCUUUGGAAUCCGACGGAUGAUAUGUUCCUGUUCAACAUGCAGCCAAUAGUUGAAGUACGAGAUUACAUCACUAAACGUACAGUGCUUUCGGAUACAGCAAGAAUCUUCGACCCGCUCGGCCUUUUGGAACCAGUGACAGUUGUGGACAAACUAUUCGUCCAAGAGCUUUGGGCCUACGGUGUAAAUUGGGACGAGCGCCUGAUGGUGGAACAGGAAAGUAAAUGGAGAAAAUUUCAAGAGUCUUUGCAGGAGAUUAACGAAUUGGAGAUACCACGAAGGGCUAUCGCAGACGGCGCCCUAGUGUACGAAAUUCAUGGUUUUUCGGAUGCUAGCAAGAAAGCAUAUUGUGCAUGCGUGUAUCUUCGGAGCAUCAUGCCCGAUGGCAAGGCUGAAAUGUAUCUUCUGAGCAGUAAAACUCGUGUGGCGCCGUUACCGAAGUUGUCUGGGAAACGCAAUACUAAACCUUUCACUAUUCCGAGAGCAGAAUUGUGCGGUGCUCAUUUGCUUUCUAAAUUGGUCACAACUCUAAUUGAUGCUAUAGAUCUGGAACUCAACGGCGUCUUUCUUUGGUGUGACUCUCAAAUCGUGCUUUGUUGGCUACAAAAAUCUCCAGUUAAUCUGGAAGUAUUUGUCGGAAAUAGAGUGCGUGAGAUUCAACAGCUGACGAAACAUUAUGAAUGGCGAUACGUUAACACAAGAGACAACCCCGCAGAUAUCGCAUCCCGAGGAGUCAUACCAUUAGAGCUGAAACAGUCAAUUGUUUGGUGGCGCGGACCAGCAAUGCUGCAGAAUGUUAACUACGAGUAUCAUCAGUUCGAGCAAAACAAUUUUAACGAGCAGGAAUUAGAAUUGGUUGACUUAACGUUGCCGCGCACACAGAAGUAA